UCUGGAUCCAGGGGCAGAGCUCUAAAAGCCCUAGGGAGUCUCAAAGUUUGUCUGGAGCCCUAGUGGGGAGUGGGCUUGUUGCGCGAGGACUUCCUUGGGAUGAGAGCUGCCUUUUAACCUUCCUUUUGGAUGCACAGCCCGAUUUAACUCCCUGCACCGUCCUCCCGAUCCCAGCAGGCUUGUCCUUCCCGGGGAUUGACAGAUCUCCGAGGACACGGGUCGCGGAACCUUCGGCAGGGCUCUCCCGAGUUCCUGCUCCAGUGCAUAAGUUCCACGCGCGCGCACGCGAGCACACGGGGAGAGAGGCGUCUCACCGGCCCGCGGAGGCUCUGCGCGGUCCCCUCCUGCCUCAGCAUCCUCGGCCCUGAGCGGCGCCCACCGCCAUGGAGGUGCUGGAGAGCGGGGAGCAGAGCGUCCUGCAGUGGGACCGCAAGCUGAGCGAGCUGUCAGAGCCCGGUGAGACUGAAGCCCUCAUGUACCACACGCACUUCUCGGAGCUCUUGGAUGAGUUUUCCCAGAACGUCUUGGGUCAGCUCCUGAAUGACCCGUUCCUCUCAGAGAAGAGCGUGUCGAUGGAGGUGGAGCCAUCUCCUACAUCACCAGCGCCUCUCAUCCAGGCUGAGCACAGCUACUCUCUGAGCGAGGAGCCCCGGGCUCAGUCACCAUUUACCCAUGCGGCUACCAGCGACGGCUUCAAUGACGAGGAGGUGGAGAGUGAGAAAUGGUACCUGUCUACAGAGUUUCCUUCAACCACCAUCAAGACAGAGCCCAUCACAGAGGAGCAGCCCCCAGGACUUGUCCCUUCUGUCACUCUGACCAUCACAGCCAUUUCCACUCCUUUUGAAAAAGAAGAGUCCCCUCUGGAUAUGAAUGCUGGGGGGGACUCCUCAUGCCAGACGCUUAUUCCUAAGAUUAAGCUGGAGCCGCAUGAAGUGGAUCAGUUCUUAAACUUCUCUCCCAAAGAAGCCUCCGUGGAUCAACUGCACUUACCACCAACACCACCCAGUAGUCACAGCAGUGACUCUGAGGGCAGCUUGAGCCCCAACCCACGACUGCAUCCCUUCAGCCUGUCUCAGGCACACAGCCCGGCCAGAGCCAUACCCCGGGGCCCCUCUGCCUUGUCCACAUCUCCUCUCCUCACAGCUCCACAUAAGCUGCAGGGAUCAGGCCCACUGGUCCUGACGGAAGAGGAGAAGAGGACCUUGGUUGCUGAGGGCUAUCCCAUUCCUACCAAGCUGCCCCUGACAAAAUCUGAGGAGAAGGCCCUGAAGAAAAUCCGGAGAAAGAUCAAGAAUAAGAUUUCUGCCCAAGAAAGCAGGAGAAAGAAGAAAGAAUACAUGGACAGCCUGGAGAAAAAAGUGGAGUCUUGUUCAACUGAGAACUUGGAGCUUCGGAAGAAGGUGGAGGUGCUGGAGAACACCAAUAGGACUCUCCUUCAGCAACUUCAGAAGCUUCAGGCUUUGGUGAUGGGGAAGGUCUCCCGAACCUGCAAGUUAGCUGGCACGCAGACUGGCACCUGCCUCAUGGUCGUUGUGCUUUGCUUUGCUGUUGCAUUUGGCAGCUUCUUUCAAGGCUACGGGCCUUAUCCUUCUGCCACCAAGAUGGCUCUGCCCAGCCAACAUCCCCUGUCGGAGCCAUACACAGCCUCCGUGGUGAGAUCCAGGAACCUGCUAAUCUAUGAGGAACAUUCUCCUCUGGAAGAGUCAUCCAGCCCAACCUCUGCUGGGGAGCUCGGGGGCUGGGACAGAGGCUCCUCUCUGCUCAGAGCAUCAUCCGGGCUUGAGGCCUUGCCAGAGGUGGAUCUUCCCCAUUUCAUUAUCUCCAAUGAGACCAGCUUGGAGAAGUCAGUACUGUUGGAGCUUCAGCAGCACCUGUGAGUCCUGGUCAGCAGCAAACUGGAAGGGAAUGAAACACUCAAGGUCGUAGAACUGGAGAGGAGAGUGAACGCCACCUUCUAAGGAAAUCUUCACCUUCCUCUUCCCCUAACUUCAUCUGAGCAUCUUCAGUCUGCUCUGCUCUUAAGUUUCCCCUUUACCACUGGAUCUCAAGGAGGAUAUGGACUAGUGUUAUGGCUUGAGACAGGAGGCCAGCCCAGGGGAUUCUGCUUGUAUGUCCCCAUGGCUCUCCACACAAGGGAGCUAGCACCUCUCCAUGCCUUUCUCUUACUGCCAUUGGAAGUUAUUUUAGGGGUGAGGUAGGGGUGGAACGAGCAGGCUUGUUUCCACCAAUAGUGCCAAGAAGACCCUGCCCGAUUCCUCCCCGUGAGGAGUGACUCCUCUGAAGAAGACAUGACUCACGUUCAGUUGAGACCCCAGACUCUAGCCACACAUAUGCCACAAACAUGCCAGGGAGUGGCAAAGCACUGACUCCUGAGCUCCCUUGCUCACGAGGACUCCAGUGUGACCCUGCCUGCACUGAGAGGACCAAAGUGUCAUUCCAGUCUCCUCUCCACCCUGCACCCCGGAGUCCUGAUUGGAUGCCUGCACAGGCAGAUGGGGCUCCGACCAUAUUGUCAGGCCGCAAGUGCAAUUCCUGAAGGCAUCAGGCUCUUUCCUCUUCAGGCUAUCCCACUCACUGUGUUGCUUGUAGGAUACCCCACACCCACCCAUACACAGCCUGCAUCCCCGCAGGACAGUAGCUCUGUCUCCCUGGCCUCCCCUCCCCAUUUGUAAAUAGUAUUUAUUAGCUUGCGGAAGCUCCCAGCUGACCUUCGUUAAAAGGAUUUCCCCUUGCAACCAGCAAAGUCUUCUGUUGGCCUUUGGGACAGGAGAGUCCCCAGGAUCUGGGACCCCAGUCUUUGUAGCUGAUGCCUUGUUUCCUCCUUUUCUUUUGUAAAAUUGGGGACCUAUAAAAUAAUCGCUGUUGAGGAAUCCCCUUAAGCAUGUAUCCCCUGUUGGAUGAAUACAUGGGAAGGGUGGAUACUGUCUUCUUGCUCAGGUUCUAGGCUCUAUGGCUUUCUCUCUGUGUUCCUGCCACAGAGAAGGGAAGCCCUAUCCUAGACAAUAAGCGUUGCUGACAACCUUGCUAGCUUUUCCUUCAUACCGGCUUGCCCCCUCCCUCACCUUCCAUCCACCUACCUUAAACAGUUGGGGCUGGCGUUGGUAAUUUUUGUACAUCCACACUGGUACCUUUUACAGUCAGGUUUGGAUACUUUGCAGCUCACCCAAAGAGACAUAGCUAAACCCUAAACUCUUUGUUUUUUAUGAUUAAAAAGUUAAAAACUGUAGUUUAAAAUAUCCUUUCCUCUUUCAUACAAAUAAGAAAUGGAAAUUGCUCUUUUAUUGUAUAAGAUAGAAGAUUCGUUUUAAGUGUUUCCCCACCCCCAAUCCCAGCUUGUAAAAGAUUUUAUGUAAGAAAUGUGCUUACACUUUGUAUUUUAUUUUUAGCAGCAGCUAAAAGGCCUGUAGUUUUGGCCUCUUUCUCUCUCUCUCUCUUUCUCUCUCUCUCUCUCUCUCUCUCUCUCUCUUUCUCUCUCUAUCUCUCUCUCUCUUUCUUGAUCAUCAUCAUCUUUGAAACCAUUAGAGCCUAUAUGAGGGGGAUUAUGGCCCUGCAUUCUAUGUCACACAUAGGAUUUGGUGUCAUUAGUGUUUGCCAUCAUGCCACAUGAGCAGCUCCUUACUUGGUCUGCUCAGGGCAUCAUAGAGAAUGUUCUCUCCCUCCAUCCCUCCCUUCCUCCCUCACUCCCAUGGUGGGUCCCCAGCUGGCAGAUGGUCAAGCUCACCUUGUAGUGGGUGAAACCUGCCUCAGGGCCACUAUGACCUUGGCAGCCCUCCUGUUUAAGGGACUGUCACCCUCCCUUACAGGGUGGUGUACAGCCUGGGCUCUACAAAGAGCGUGGCUAGCGACCUGCUUCUCUCUCUCUUUUUUUGUCUUCUCUCUUCCCUUGAUCUUCCUGGACCUGGCCCAUUCUGCUCUUUAAAAUGCCAGAUAUUUAUACAUAAUAAACUAAAAAAAAAUUCCUGAAAGAGCCUAAGCAGGAAACAUCCUAGGGCCAGGCAGUGUUUGUAUGAUGAGAGAGGGAGGGUUUGUCCUAGAGAGCUGAAGUGGGGAUUUAGACUGGUGUGUGCAUUGGCUGAGCUGAACCUUGAUCUUUUGGUGUCCCCAGAGAGCUAAGGUGAAGACCCCAUUCAGGCAGGAGGAGGAAGAAGAGAAUGUCCAGUCACAUCGACUUUAUUUUCUUCUCUACCUACUCUUUUGGAUGUCACUGUCUCCAGACAGCAGGGCCCUUUGUCUAUGGGAAAUUAGCCUUCCAGAAUAGAAUCUGUAACAAGAGACGUGGGACAUAAGCCAGAGAACUCAAACAGCCCUUUAAAGGAGCUCUCAGAGGCCAACACUGCCACUCUAGGAGAAAAACCUCUGCCCUUUACUGCUGGCUAACUAGGGAAGGGGACUAAGCCAGUGAUCCCUCUGGGAGGCUCAGUGGAGUCAAGCGAGGUGCAUGAGACAAGAUGGAUUACGAGCAAUUAGUGGAUGGAUGUGUGCACACUUUUUGUUCAGAGUUUAAGGCUAGUAUAUUGGUUUUUUUCUCACUGACUGAGCUGUCCUGCAGGCCAGUCAAUUCCUUAUGGUUCUGUCUGAAGGUUUUAAAUAGUGGUUGACCCAACACCUUGAACUGAAAUUUUGAAAAAUUUUGAAAAAGCCUGAUAGACUUAGAAGCCAGAACAAAUUCCUCUGGCUAUAUCUUCUACCUUAUAAACAGGUCCGCCCCACCCCACCCCCCUCUUUAAAAUCACUUUAGUGAUUGAUGGAGGUGUCUCACAAAGAUUUAGAGAACAAGGCCUUCUCUCCCUGAUGAGACCAGUCGGCCCCCCACCUUGGAUCUUCUCACAGCUUUAACUUCACACUGGGAAGUGGGUCCUGUAAGUGGAGGAGUCACACCAGCAUUGAGGAGGAGCCUCUGAAGUGUCAGGACUCUGCAGUGUAGCUCAUGCAAAGAGAGUGUUCUAUAAAAAUCUGACAGCUGAACUCAGUUGCUCUUUCCUGGCAGAAGGUGGGGGUGGGAUCUAACAUCAGUGCAGGCAAAAUUAGAUAACCAUUCGGUUCAUAGAAUUGGUUCUGUGCCUUGGAAAGAUAGAUUUGAGGAUGCAUUAUGUACAAACUAUACACACCAGGCUAAUAGAUACCCCCUCUUAAGCACCAGUCCCUCUUAGAUGCUCCCAAAGUCCCUACACUUGUUGUCCACAUAAAACAAGGAUACCGGACCGCUUCCUCUUCGUGCUGGUACAGAAUUGUUGUCCACCAUUUUUAACCACAGGUCUUCUUAAAAUUCCUUUGCAGCACUUUGUGUCCCCUCCUGUCCCGCGUGCUCAGACCCAGAAAAAGCAGAACAGAAUGAGAAGUGCCUCUGAGCCUUGUGAGGUGUGUACUCGAGCCCCUCAUGGGGAGAUGGAGACAUCUUGUCCCCACCUGAGGAGUGGACAUCUGCCUGGUCCUUGCCAACAUGGAGGCGCGGAAAUGGGAGAAAAAGCUUUUAGUUGCUAAUUUGUUUCCGCUGAGCCAAGUGCUUGAGAAACCUGGAAGAGAGCUUGGCACUCCCACUCGCAGCCUGGCAGGACCUGUGGAGCCAUUAACGGUGGGGGGCUUAGCAAGAACCACUUCAUUAGAACACUUGAUGCAAAAGCAUCAAGCAGAGCCGAUGGGAUGUGUUCUGCUUCCACCCACAAAGGCAGUCACAGGAGAGAGUAGAGAGUGCAGUAAGGUGGUGGCUGAAAGGAGCCAGACACAGAUUCUGGUUCAUUCAUUCAUUCAUUCAUUCAUUCACUCUUUCAUUCACUCGUCAGACAUUUUUACUAAGGAAGAACAUGUUUCCUGAGAGCUAGGAAAUCUUGGAGAAUAAGAAGGACUUGGAAAACCAGUUUUAGUAGCCAUUCAGAGAACCCAGGUAGUAAUGCUAGGUCUCUCCCCUCCCCCUCCCACCUCUCUCUCUCUCUCUCUCUCUCUCUCUCUCUCUCUCUCUCUCUAGUACUUACUCAUGCCUCCGAUGUGCCUUGUAUCUCAAUCCAGGAUGGCAGGAGUCCCCUGUCCCCGGAAGGUGUCAUAUAUUACUAUCUAGUAUUAGGUUGAAGCUGGGGGUAGGUACUUUCUCCAUAGACACAGAGAUGGUCCCCUCAAAGUGAGCCACUAUUAGAUUGGCCCAUCAGGGGAAAAGAAAUGGGGUUCUAUCCAUUAGGAAAAUCCCAUUUUGUAGAUAGAGGUGCAAUCACAUAAAAAUGUGGCCAAGCAGGAUUAAAGGUAUUUUAAAUCCUUACCACAGGGCAUUUUCUGGAUGCAAAAGCACUAGCCCAUUUGAAAAUUAAUAUUCCGUGCCUCUGGGCCAAGAGGUCAGCUUUUUGCACUAGGAGAAAAACAGUGACUGCUGUUUGUUACAGCAUGAAAUUCAGGACUGCCUCACUUUCUCUUGGUUUCUAAAAGGAAGGAAAUCUUUCCUGAGUAUUUUUCUAAGAUGUUGAGUAUUGUGUAAGUAAGCCUUGAGCCUUUGAACCUGAUUGAAAUGCAAAGCAAGGGUGACUCAUUGCCAGGCGAAGUAAAAAAAUGCCAUGGGGAGGUACAGUAGUUUCUGGAGUCCUUUCUGAGGACACACCGAUUGUCUCUGCCUCUCAGGGCAGAAACAGAUCUACCCACUGCAGUGGCCUGACUGUGCAGUCAGACUCUUUGCCUCUCUCUGAAAUGCGCCCAGCAUGCCUGUCUCAUCCUAUCUUCUGAGCCUCACAGGCUUUGCCUCUGGGUGAAGGGAACCCACAUUCAGGCUGUAUUUUUGUUUCUGUCUUUUGCUCAACAGCAGGUUGGGAAUGGGACUUUUGUGCACUAGUGGCUGUACAGAUGGAGACCAUGAUGAGUCUGUGGGAACACCAGCACUCGUGCACCCUGUGGGUGACCCUCCCCACACAGUACAGAGCAGAGCCCAGGAGGUGCCAUGGGCAUCAGCGAACUUCCCUUGCCUAGGCUGGCAACUGAUUUUGCUCUCUUUUGAAAGAUUCUAGAUAAGUCAGCAUUGCUUAAAUCCAAGUGCAUUGCAAGUCUGUGACCUAAUCUGUUGCACUGUCUAUGGCUUCUUAUUCUUCAUCAUAGCUAAUUAAAUACCAAAAAAAUAAAAUAAAAAAUAAAGUAAAAUAAAGCUUUGUAGUAUACUUGUACUUAGUUUGGGGAAAAAUGAAAUUGUAAUGCAUUUGUAUUUCCAUUUCUUGCAAAUAAAUAUUUUUCUUAGUCAAA